GAAUGAUUUAACAAAUGCUCCAAGAGGUCUCGUAAGAGAAUUUGUAGAAAAACAUAAUGAAUGGUCACAAUGUAAUCACAAAACUUUUAAUAGAAUAAUGGUCCAUACAGUUUACUUGAUGGCUAUUCCCGAAGAUUUAAAGAUUAUUAUCGAAGUACAUGGUGGUUCUAAUAAUAAUUAUGCAUUAAUUGUUGAUAUCGCCGAACCGCAGAGAAAACAUAAGAUAGUUUUCAUUGGUCCUCCCGGUCAUGUUAUUGUUUCCGAACGUUUACGACGUGCGUCAAGGACGUUGAUGAUGGGAAAAAUAAAAGCAAAUAUCAUUGGAUUUCCUAUUAUGAUCAAAGCUUCAGAGGUUCCUGGUUCACCGAUUUUCAUCAUGCGACUUGCUCGAGAUGCUCGUCAUCUCGAAGUUCAAGCUUUAGCGGAUCAAUACGGAAAUGUGAUCUCAUUAUUUGGAAGAGAUUGUUCGGUUCAAAGACGUCAUCAAAAGAUCAUUGAAGAGGCUCACGUUACGAUUAAAAAACAAGAGACCUUUGAAUUGAUGGAAAGAGUUGCUGUCAGAUUAACUAAAUUAGUUGGUCGUGUUAGUGCGGGAACCGUUGAAUAUCUUUACAGUCACGAGAUAGAUUUUUUUUGCUUUCUUGAAUUAAAUCCAAGAUUACAGGUUGAGCAUCCUACGACAGAAAUGGUUUCAGGUGGAAAUAUACCUGCUCAACUACAAAUCGCUACAGGAAUUCCAUUUCAUCAAAUUCGUGAUAUUAGAGUGGAUGUCAUUUUCCCUAAUAGUGAUAUAGUGCAUGAACUUAGUUUUCGCAGCACGAAUGUUCGGGGCCGAUUCUCGGUUAAUUAUGCCGGUGGCCUUCAUGAGUUUGCUGAUUUCAAUUUGGUCAUAUUUUCGCUUAUGGUGAGAAUCGUCAAAAAAUCUCGAAAGAAUAUGAUAGUCGCGCUUACGGAAUUGUCGACUCGUAGGAACUUUAGAAACACAGUGGAAUAUUUAGUCAAAUUGCCUGAAACCCAAGCUUCGAAGAAAAUAGUUUGA